UGAGCAAUUCUUACCGAGGUGGAUCUUUACCUUCCUAAACUGCUGAGGGUCCACAAUGCAAUGAUAAAAUAUGUAUGCUUAAUCGCGAGGUGUCAUGGUCUUGUGUGUGUGUGUAUGUGUUUGUGUAUAUGCACAGAUACACAAUCAGACGCAUGCAUGCUUGUUAAUUUGCUGGUUUCAAAUGAAUUAUGCUUACUGUGCAGAAAUGUAAAUAUUGACAGAUAAAGGACAUACAGGUUAAUCCUCUCUGUUAGUCUUAUGAUCUCCUGAUUGUUUUUUCCAUGACAGUCUUUUCCCGAUGAAGUUAUUUUCCUGGAGAGAUCUGUACGCACCCUCGACUUGACACACAAUACAUUGGUUCAAAUUCCCAUGGAGAUCCACAAGCUAAUUAACUUGCAGCGUCUAGUUCAAAUUUUCGGGGUCUUUCACCAAGUAUGCUAGUGGUAUACAAGAAGUGGACCUACACCAACAUACAGUUCUGGUGCUCCAAAAAUCUACGCAAAAAUAAAAACAAAAAUCAGUUGUAAUCUGUGCAAGAGUCCUCAAACACUCUACCGGGAUGAAAAUCAAUUCUACUUGGGAAAAUUGAAAAGUGUGUGCAUUUCAUUUAUUCUGAAGGGACUCUUCAUCUGGGUUUUCAUGCUCAAUACUAUUGAUAUUAUUUUGGCUGAUAACCUGAUUGAGAAUCUCCCGGUGAACCUGGGACUGCUUCAGUCUUUGAAAGUUGCAACACUUGAUGGGAAUCGAAUUACAGCAUUUCCAGAUGAAUUGGGCCAGUUGGUGAAGCUUGAGCGUUUGUCUAUCUCAGGAAACUUGUUAAUGAGCUUGCCUGAGACCAUUGGGAGCUUGCAGAAUUUGGUGCUGUUGGAUGUUUCAAACAAUAAGUUAAAGUUUUUUCCCGAAUCAAUUGGAAGUUGCUUCUCUUUGGAAGAAUUGCAAGCAAAUGAUAAUUCCAUUGAGGAGCUUCCUGCAUCAGUUUGCAAUCUUGUUCAACUAAAAUCACUCUGCCUGAACAAUAACAAUCUCAAUCAGAUGCCUCUAAAUUUGUUAAGAGAAUGCAAGAGCUUGCAGAACAUAGCCCUGCAUGGAAAUCCCAUUUCUAUGGACCAAUUUCAACAGAUGGAUGGCUUCAAAGACUUUGAAGCCCGCCGUAAACAGAAGUUUGAUAAACAAAUUGAUUCAAAUGUGAUAAUCAGUUCUAAAGGGCUUGAUGAGGGUGUUGACUUGUGAUUCCUCUCCGCAGGUGUUUUCUGUAACGCUUACGCGUAAUCUUGUUAAUCUCAGGUUUACUAUUUUUUUGGUUCAAUUCCUUGAUGUAAAACUUCUCCUUUAUGUAUGACCAUGUAGUAGCCACAUUACACAGUUGUGCUCCUUCAGUUGCUGUCAAGCUCGUAAUAUUUCUAGUGUCUGCAAUGCCUAAUUUGGACAAUUCAUUCUUGCUGACUGAUAAGACUAUCAUGCAUGUCUCCAUUGCUCUUAGCUCCCAAUCAUGCAUGUCUCCAUUGCUCUUAGCUCCCAGCCUGGUUAAAUUUGUUGAGGUUGGAUGGAAUUGUGACAGUUUUGACUUUGAUGGAAAGGUAUUGCUUCUGCUUAUUUGGCAGGAGUGAAUUUCACACCUUUCUAUAGUUUGUCAUUGAUUGUAAGCUUUGACUUGUGCGUAAUUGAAUCUAUGCUGAAUAUGUUGUGAUUGUAAAUGAUUCAACCUAACGAUUUUUGUAGAUUUUGUGAGCUGAAUAUCAGUUCAAAUCAACCUAAUAAAUUUUGAUUUUAAUA